UUCAGCUCCAGGAGCGGUGGAAGCUCAUUAGGCCAAUGGUGGCUUGUGCCUGCUUUGUGUAAACGCUGGUUUUAUUUUUGCAGAAACCUUCUUUGGACAGCUCCCGGAUUCUGAACCCUGAAUGAUUGGCAAACGUGCUGUGCUUCGUUCCUCCAAUCCUCACUGGAGUGAAGAGGACGCAAGAGUGUCUGUGCAGUUCCAUGUGACUGGGUGCUGUCAGCUUUUCUCAGUUUCGCUGCAUCCUACCCAAGCAGCCAAAGGGAGAGGCAGGAGAGCUGCAGUAGGACUUCAGCCCAGGGGCGGGUGUCAGUGAAAGCCCCAACAAUCCCUGUAAAACAAGGAGCUGGAUGAGAGGAAAGAGACAAUUAACAAUUCAGUCCUGUAAGGAUGGGAGGAAGGGUAAACCGGAGAGAUGUGUGAGGUGGCCAGUGCUAAUCCCCAGCCCUCCUAAAGAAAGAGUAUUGUCUACUGGAGAGAGACCCAGGCGUUAGGGAAAUGAGCCUGCUGAAACCAAGUGGGCUGAAAGCCCCAGGCCGGGUCAACAAGCAUUCCAGUCCAAUGGGUCGAGGCUCUGCAGCGAUAGCCGGGCCUAAAGAAGGUUCCCCGUUGCACAAACAAGCUUCAGUGCCCACGUCUGGUGACAAACUGGCAUCAAAGAGCGCCGAGGUGGGAGAUGACUGCAUUGGGGAUUUUGCCAUUGGGGAUCGUAUCUGGGUGAAUGGAGUGAAGCCUGGCAUCAUACAAUUCCUUGGUGAAACACAGUUCGCCCCUGGCAAGUGGGCAGGAGUUGUCCUCGAUGAACCUGUGGGCAAAAACGAUGGAUCGGUUGGGGGCGUGCGGUACUUCGAAUGCGGAGCUUUACAAGGCAUUUUUACCAGACCCUCAAAGUUGGCACUUCAGCCCUCGGGUGAUGGUGCUGGAAGUGAUGCCCAUUCUGGAGACUCAGUAACGUUUCCUGUCCCAGCCUCACAUUAUGGCACUGCCACUCCGCCACUCUCAACUCAACGCAUCAACUGUACAAUUCCUUUGAGGGAAAGCAUUUUAAACAGUUCCAUGAAGACUGGGAAUGAGUCAGGAUCAAACCUGUCUGACAGCGGAUCUGUGAAGAAAGGGGACAAAGACUUGAGAUGUGGUGAUCGAGUUCUGGUGGGUGGCACUAAAACCGGAGUAGUAAAAUAUGUCGGAGAGACAGAUUUUGCAAAGGGCGAGUGGUGUGGAGUUGAACUGGAUGAACCAUUGGGCAAGAAUGAUGGAGCUGUUGCUGGUACAAGGUACUUCCAAUGCCCACCCAAGUUUGGUCUUUUUGCUCCCAUUCACAAGGUGAUGCGGAUUGGCUUCCCCUCCACGACACCAGCCAAAACCAAGAAGAGUAAAAGGAUGGCCAUGGGGGUCUCAGCCUUGACGCAGAGCCCUAGCAGCUCCUCAAUAAGUUCUGUCAGUUCCGUGGCAUCUUCUGUAGGGGGUCGACCAAGCCGAACGGGACUGCUGACCGAGACAUCCUCUCGCUACGCUCGGAAGAUCUCUGGCACGACAGCCUUGCAGGAAGCUCUAAAGGAGAAACAGCAGCACAUCGAGCAGCUGCUGGCAGAACGGGACCUGGAGCGAGCUGAGGUUGCCAAGGCAACCAGCCACAUCUGUGAGGUGGAGAAAGAACUGGCUCUUCUAAAGGCCACACAUGCACAGUAUGCGACAGAGGCCGAGACGAAUCUUCAGGUAGUGCGAUCCAUGUUGAACAAUGCUGAGAAACAAAAACUGGAGCUGUUAAACACACUGGAAGAGGAGAAAAGGAAGAUUGAAGAUCUCCAGUUCCGAGUGGAAGAAGAAUCGAUUACCAAAGGAGAUUUGGAGACUCAGACAAAGUUAGAGCAUGCCCGUAUUCGGGAGCUCGAGCACAGCCUGCUGUUUGAAAGGACCAAAGCUGGAAAACUCCAAAAGGAGUUCGAAGACACUCGGCUUACAACGGUAGCUGAAAAGUCCAGGAUUGUACAGCUGGAGGAUGAGCUAAAUUUGAGGAACAGCGAAAUUGAGGAGCUGCAGCAGAGAUUGAGGAACUCGAACAAGCCGGACACACCUGAGCAUAGCCUCAGUCUACAGUCAGAGGUUCUCAAAUUACGAGAGCAGUUAUCGUCAGUCAACAAGGAGCACCAAAGUGAGAGCAUCUCACUGAAGGAAAAAUAUGAGGCCAGAUUGCAGGAGUAUCAGGAGGAAAUGGAAAAGUUAAAGGCUACUAAUGAAAAAUACUUGCAGGAUAUUAGUGACCUCCGGCAGAAGCUGCACCAAGCAACUAAGGAAAACAUGGAAAUGAUGGACAAUUGGAAGAACAAAUUGGACACUCUGGUGUCUGACCACCAGAAAUCUCUAGAGGAACUCAAGGUCUCAUUGAUUGCAGGUAGUGAUGUUCAGAACAGUGAGCUGGUAGAGCUAAGAGCCACCACAGAAAGCCUGAAGAUGGAGCACCAGCUUGAAUGGGAGAAUCUUAAAGCCAAGCAUGAGAUUGAGAUGGCACUGCACAUAAAGGAAAAAGAGGACUUCAAAGUUAAGCUGCAAGAAGCCAACUAUGAACUGGAAGAAUGCAACUCAAACUGGCAGAACAAAUUAGAGGUUGCAACAAGUCAGCACAGGCAAGAGCUCCAGAUGACCAUUGAUCAACUCCGAAAUACUGAGCUGAGACUCAGUGAACAGGAGAAGCUCCACGCUGGGUACAAAGAUCAAGCACAGGCCAUCAGCUUCUUAAAGGAGCAGAUAUCUGCAGCUGAAAGAAAAAUGAUGGACUACGAGGCGCUCCAGAAGUCUGAGAUCCAACACAAGCAAGAAUUGAAGCACCUUCAGGAGAAGCUGCAUGCACUGGAAGCUCGCCACUCUUCUGAAGAAACGCAGUUGGGAAUGUGUGCCAAUGCCAUUGACAGUAAUAACAUCUUGAAAGAGAAAAUGAAAAUGAAGCAGUCAAUAGAAGAUUUGUUGGACAAACUUGGUAAACGGGAAAAGGAUGUUUCUUCAAUGUCAUCACAGAUUGAGUUAUUAAAGACCCAGAUUGUCGCUCUAGAACACAAGUCAAAAUCUUCCGAGAAAAAGGCUGAUGCAACGACAAAGGAGAAAGCUAAGCUGGAAAUGGAACUAGAGGCCCUGACCCGUAAAUCUCAUGAUGCCUCAGGACAGCUGGUCCUCAUUAGUCAAGAGCUGCUGAAAAAGGAACGGAACCUAAACGAACUGCGCUCAUUGCUGUUGGAGACCAAUCGUCACCCCUGUGGAGGAGAAAAGGACCUCAGCCGGGAAGUUCAUAAAGCUGAGUGGAGAAUGAAGGAACAGAAACUACAGGAAGACAUCAAAGUCCUCCGAGAGAAACUAUAUGUUCUGGGCACUGAAAAAUAUAAACCUGAACAAAAGCGACGCCCAGCCUCUCUGCAAGAUACGGAGACAGACACCGAGAUCUCCAAACUGCAGCAAAGGCUGGUGAACACAGAGGAGGCCCUGCGGAGUGCCCUGGAGCAGAACCAACAGAUGGAGAGACUGAUGGAAGCCAUGCAGACUCUCGACAGUGCCGGCUCUGCAAAUGGUGUUCAUCAACGGGGGCAACUUGAAGCGAUGACGGACAGCAGGUGCUUCAAGCAAGAGGAAUACUCGAGGUCCCGCUCACCACAGCGCCAUCCUGACUCCAGUCGAGCAAAACAGUUACUGGUAACGGAAAACAGAAGAAUUGAAAAGCUCUUCAAGGAAAUAGAAGAGAUGAGUGUUUGUGCUUCCCCAGAGUCGCUACAACUGAAAGGUUCUGGAGACCUGUCCAGCAGACAAUCCACAUCAACAGAUCGAGCCGAGACUACCGAAAAGCUUCUUUUCAACAUCUUAAACCUCCCCUGAGGUGAACGUUUCCUUCGCCAGCACCUUUGGACCCCGUGACCUCUACCACUUUGAAGGACAAGGGCAGCAGAUGCAUGGG